AUGUCAUUUGGCCAUAGUUUAAACGUAUUCAUAAGAAAUUUUACAAAAGUCAAACUUAACGCCCUUGAUCUCCUGGCUCCAUUUAUGCGGGCAGCGUUUAUGUAAAGAAUAGGAACAGGUUUUCCCGUUAGCAAAAGCCAUAUAGACAGCAGAGUUCGUGGAUGGAAAGACAAGAAUAUUAAGCUCAGGUUCCAAUUUUCUCUUCAUAAGCAAUCGAAGAGUGUAAAUUACUUCUUUCUCCUCAAUUCUCAAAUUUCUACUCAUUCGAGUUGCUUUGGACUAUUGUCUACAAGUUCUCCACUUGAUAAUCUUUGAUUGCUGAUUUUCUUGUGGAAGUAUAAUCCGAAAUCAAAAGACCUAGGUAGUUUUUGGAGUUGCAUAGCUUAGAAUUGUAAUUAAUAAUGGAGGUGGAGGGAGGGAGUCGUUCAGCUGGUGCUGGAGAAGAUAGAACAAUUCCUAUACAAUCUGGGCAACCAAUGGCUUUCUUUCAGUUUACGCAGCAGAAUCUCCCAGCUUGUAAACCUGUAUUGACACCAGCAUGGGUUAUUACAGCAUUUUUAUUGAUGGGCUUCAUUUUCAUUCCCAUUGGGCUUGUGACUCUUCGUGCUUCUCACAGUGUUAUUGAAAUUGUGGACCGAUAUGAUACUGAAUGUGUACCUGAGGUAUUCAAAAGCAAUAAGUUGUCAUAUAUUAAAAAUAGCUCAAUCCCCAAAAACUGUUCUCUGUUUUUGAAGGUUCACAAGUAUAUGAAAGCCCCAAUUUACAUCUAUUAUCAACUUGAUAACUACUAUCAGAAUCACCGACGGUAUGUAAAAAGUAGAAGUGAUCGGCAGCUCUUACAUGGAUUGAAGCACAAUGACACAACUUCCUGUCAACCUGAAGAGUCCAACCAUGGCCUCCCAAUUGUCCCUUGUGGUUUGAUAGCAUGGAGUUUCUUCAAUGAUACAUUUAAGUUUAUUCGUGAGAGAACAGAACUGAUGGUCAACCGUAAGAAUAUAGCAUGGAAAAGUGACCGUGAUCACAAAUUUGGCAAGCAAGUUUAUCCCUUUAAUUUUCAAAAUGGGACCUUCACCGGUGGUGGAAGUCUGGAUCCAAGUAUUCCUCUAAGUGACCAAGAGGAUCUAAUUGUGUGGAUGCGAACUGCUGCCCUCCCUAGCUUCAGAAAAUUGUAUGGAAGAAUUGAAGAGGAUCUGGAUGAAGGUGAUUUGUUAGUAGUCCACGUAAUGAACAACUACAACACUUACAGUUUUGGAGGGAAAAAGAAGCUUGUUCUUUCAACGUUGAGCUGGUUGGGCGGGAAGAAUGACUUCCUUGGUCUUGCCUAUGUCUUUAUUGGUUGCUCAUCUAUAAUCAUCUCCAUUGUCUUUAUGUUGCUUCAUGUGAAAAAUCCCAGGGCUUAUGGUGAAACAGCUUAUUUGUCGUGGAACCGGAAAAGUAUUUCUGGGUGAUGUUGCUUUCGAAAUUCUGGAUUGAUGAUUUGAUUCUUUACUGGAGACUGAGUGAGCCUCUGCUACCUUUACUCCAUCCAAAUGUUUCUUGUGUGACAAAUGAAGAAAAAAGUUUCUUCAACUUAGAAUUGUUCAAUGGGAAGAAUCAACACCUUGCGAAGAUUCAUUACAAUGUGCUCUUUUCCUGCUUGCUUUUGGAGCCAGGAGUGGAAAUGGUGCAGUAUAAUACUAAAUUUGUUCAAUUAGUUUGUAUUUGAAACUUACAGUGGGUUAUAAUUCAUAGACAUAGAUAAGAUACAUUUAGCAGCGGGUACCAUAACCUUGAAAAAGAUCUUUGCUGUAUUUAAAGUUUCAUUUUAUUGUCUGUACAAUGAAUUACUCUUGUUUGUUGAACUGUAGAUUGUUCAUAUGGGUUGAGUAUAAUCGCAAAUGCUCCUAGUAAUAAAAAACAAUAUAGCGGUCA